UGAGGACUAACAGCCAUAAUAAAAAAAAUGGUGUUUUUAAUUAUUUAAAACGUGGACCUUCAUUUCAUACUAAACUUACUUUGGUUAUACUAGUCUGCAGCUUCACUCUGCGUAAUAGGAUUUAAUUUAGUCGACGUCGCGAGGAAACCUUAGAAGUGAUAAAUUUAAUUUUGGCUUAACAUUAAAUGAAAGGCAUCCCUUACCCUUGGCUCGAGCGAAGAUAGUCGUAAUUUCUGUCAACUGCUCAUAACUUUCCCAAGAUCGCAAUUGCAGCCUCCGAAGAAUGUGGAUAUGAACUUAGGAUAAUAUAUGAAAAUUAGUCGUGCAAUGAUAAAUACUUGGCAAAGUGUGGUACUGGAAAUUAUCAGAUUAUUCAGAAAAUCGACAAAUUGUAUUCUUGGAGUUAUCGGUAGUUUUCGGGGAUCUUAUUAAGGAGAGUCAUUUCGGUAUUGCAGAUCGCUAGAGAACUCAAGUUUCAAUGAUUCGUAAAUUGUAUAGCUGAUUACUAGUUUGUGGGAGAGAUGCUAGAUGGCGAUGCUAUUCUUUUUGUUAUUGUCCGGUAUAAUAUGUAUGUAUGUACAAUUGUACACUUUAUUAACAGAGUUGUAUAGUAUGUAAAAUAUGUCUUUGAAACAUAGUAUCAAUUUUUAUUGUUAAUAUAAAUUAUGAAUUGUAUGGGAAACAUGAAAUAUUUAAAAAAUAAUUUAUUUCCUGUGUGGAAACGUUUUUUUGAUGUGCAAUCUAAAAAGAAGCAGCAGUUGAGAUGGAUAGAACCUGGUGGAUUUAAAACUAAUGUUAGUGUAUAUAAUUCUGUUACUAAAUGUAAGGUUCCUUUAAUUUUAAAAAAUGAGAACUCUUGCACUUGGUACAUGUGUGGACCAACGGUAUAUGAUUCUGCACAUAUCGGACAUGCUUGUACAUAUGUAAAAUUUGAUAUAAUCCAAAGGAUAUUAACUGAGUAUUUUAAUAUCCAUCCUAUUGUAAUAAUGAGUAUUACGGAUAUCGACGAUAAAAUAAUUAAACGGUCAAUAGAAUCUGGAAAAAGCUGGAAGGAAUUAACAAGAUUUUAUGAAGAAGAAUUUUUUGAGGAUAUGCAAAGUUUAAAUGUUUCAAAGCCAUAUAUGUUUUGUAGAGUAUCAGAAUAUAUACCACACAUAAUAAAAUUUGUUGACAAUAUUGUUUCGAAGGAUGGUGCUUAUGUUACAAAAGAUGGCAGUGUAUAUUUUGAUACCGCAAAAUGGCAUACUUAUGGUAAGUUAAAUAAGCCGAUGCCAAAUGAAUCCCAUCCAGAGAAGAAGUCAUCAUUAGAUUUUGCAUUAUGGAAGGCAGUGAAGGCAGGUGAACCUUCAUGGGAAUCCCCAUGGGGACAUGGUAGACCAGGGUGGCAUAUUGAAUGUAGUACCAUAGCAAGCACGAUUUUUGGAAAUACCAUAGAUAUUCAUAGCGGUGGGAUAGACUUAGCAUUUCCACACCAUGAAAAUGAAGAAGCUCAAUCCUGUUGCCAUUAUGAUAUUGAACAGUGGGUCAAUUAUUGGCUACACAGUGGACACCUGCAUUUACAUGGAGACACAAAAAUGUCAAAAAGUUUAAAAAAUACAGUCAGCAUUAGAGAACUGUUUAAUAAAUAUACUGCUAAUCAGUUUAGAAUGUUCUGUCUUCUGUCACACUAUAGAAAUGGUGUCGAAUUUUCUGACAUUACAAUGCAAAUUGCUGUGUCCACCCUGAAGAAAUUCGAAUCCUUUAUUAGUGACUGUGAUAAUUUUGUAGCUGAUAAACUGUGUACUGGAGACAUAGAUGAGUCGUUACUACUUCAGUGUUUGAGUGAGACUAAGCACCGUGUCCAGUCAGCAGUUGCUGAUGAUUUUAAUACACCCUCUGCUAUUCAUGAACUCUUAAAUCUUAUUAGUCUUGGAAAUAAGAUGCUUCAUUUGCCUAAGGAUCCCUCGAAGUCUCACAGUAAAUCGUCUAUAGCAGUAGUUUCUAAUUACAUAAUUUUUGUACUUUUAAAAUUUGGCAUUUCGUAUUCUGUGAAAUCAGACGCCAAUGAUCACAAGUUAAAAAGUGUCAUAGAGGAGUUAGUAAACUUCAGAUCUUCUGUAAGAAUCAGAGCAUUAGAGCAAGGUGUAAAAGAUAAAGUUUUAUUGACUGCGUGUGACACAGUAAGAAAAAAUUUACUUAUCCAUGGAAUUGAAGUGAAGGAUUACAAAAAGACGUCCACUUGGAACAUACUAAGGGAAGUUAAAAUGAUGGAGAAUUAAUGAUAACAAAAAUUUUAUUAUUAAAUACACAAUUGAAAAUAAUAUACA